AAGUUUGCUAAAUUUACAUUUUCACAACAACAAAUCUAAAUUUAAUAAGUAAAAAUCGAAAAUGUUUUAUCAUGUCUAAUGUUCUGUCGUAUAUUGGAAUAAAUCUGCAGUCAGAGGUCUGUUUGUGGACUCUACUUGGACUCCUCCGAACUAUCUUCGACGCAACACUCUUCAAAGUGAACGCUAAUCUUAAACAGGUAUGGCAGAUGUCAAUGCCUCAAGAGCUGUCGCUGCCAGUUCAGCGAGUACUGCGCACGAUGAUCUCGGGAAUCAUGCUGGUUCAAUGUUUUACAGUUUACGUUUACUUGGCGUCCUACAUUGUACUGCUUUACCCUAUUUUUCUGGAGGAACGUCCAACCCUAGUCCUUCCUUGGCUCUUGUUGGCGGCCAUAAGGAAACUGUUGUGUGAGUUAACGAGUCUGGCGCUUGGUCUCGGAACAUGUGUCCUUCUUGGACCAGCAAGGAGUCCUUGCGUACGAUUUCUCAUAGCGAAGCUUCUAUCUAUUUUACCUGGUGUUUACAUGUGGUCACUUGUCUACAGCUAUUACCAUGAUCUGAAAAUGGCAACUGCAUUUAAAACUUUUCCAAGCGCGCUUACACCAAACAAUGAUCCCGACUACGGACUUGAAUUGGCUGUGAGGAGACGUCGUACAAAAUCAUUGCAAGGUGAAGAUCAACUGCGAAAAAGACUUAUUGCGCACUUCUAUGCAGACCGAGUACCAUCUGCAGUGAAUUCCAGCCAAUUAAUUGACAACUCACGAAAAAGUUUCACAAACGUUAGUGAGGAGGAUGUUCGUUUGGAUAUAUUUGAUCCCUCAUCGAUAGUAGCCAACCGCACGAUGUCAGAUUUAGGGACAUAUUACGAGGACUGGUUUGGUAGCGAAGUGUCCGUUCCACGGGAUAUAGAUCGUAUUCUUGAACAAUUUAUUAUUAUGCUGCUGCGAAUAGGCGUAUAUCUAAAAAAGGACAACGUUGAUAUUAACAAAUUCUUGAACAGUUCAGUAAACAUAAUACAAAUUCAAAGUACGAUACAAUGCGCUCCAAUAGCACACGAUGAAGAUGAAACACCAGCGGUGGUAGGAGUUAGUAAAUGUAGAAUGGCAUCAUAUUUAAGAGAUUAUCCUAAUAUAUUUAUGAAAAAAUCUUCCGAUGACCCUACACUACAAUCAUUGCAUAAUAUGCAGUUGAAUUCAAAAAUAAUUAAUGGUAUUAAGGAAUCAGAAAAUGAUGAAGAAUCAAAUAAACAAUUAGGAGCAUCGGAAAAAGAUGUAUCAUCAUCGAAAUAUAUUAGUAAUGAUAAUCUUGGUAUCAAAUCAAAAAGCACACAGAUGACUAAAACAAAAGAAGUUUUACGAAUCGGUAAUCUGACAAACCAGUCGAAAGAUAUUGAAAUUAAAUCGAACUCUCAAGAAAGUAUAAGAAGUGUAAUAGACAGGUUUAAAAAACGAGUGAACGCUGUACAUACUUCACACCUUGCACUUCAUAAUAAUUCAACAACAAAUAAUAGACAAGAUUCAAUAAAAUCUAGAAAAAGAGUGAAAGAAAAAAAAGAUUAA